AUGGGUAGGGCACUAAUAGGGACCGUUAUUAUUACUGGGGGAAACGGCGUGCUAAGUGCAGAGAUCGCUACUGCAAUCGCCCGUACCCGGCCCUUUGUCCACCUUCUUUUGGCAGUCCGAGAUGUGCGAGGAGAGGUUGUCCAAAGCCUCAAGGACCGAAUCCGCGUGAUCGGACCUCGAUCGAUGGAGUUCAUUAGUCUCGACCCAACAGAUGUGCAAUCAGUGACCGGUUUCUGCCAGCACACUGUGGACCGGAUUCGACACAAAGAGAUCCCUCCAAUAAUUACCCUGAUCUAUACAGACGCCUUGGUCUCAUACACUGUCGAUGAGCUGACGCAAGAUGGCUAUGACCCGGUCUACCAGACCAACUGCGUUACGCCAUUCUUUUUGACGGUUGGCCUACUCGAGGGAUUCCGUUGCGGUGGCGAACAUACCGAAGGGGCCAAAGUGAUCACUAUUGGAAGCUCAGCAGCACUAUCUGGGCGUAUGCAUUACUUCGAUCACCACCAAGGCCGGGACGAAAGGCCUCCCGGCACUUCUUUGAGUACGCGCGAAGGUCAAGCUCGGUUUGCCAGCAGCAAAUUGAUUGGGAGUGUUGCGCUGUAUGCACUGCGACGAAGUCUGGCCAACGGGAAACAUCUCCCUCGACAUCUUAACCCUGGAUCCUGGAAAUAUUGGAGAAAACCCUCGGAGUCCGAUGUCUGUCCGAGCUGGACUGCGGCCGAUCUUCCGCCGGGUCUCCCACGUUCUAAGAAAGCGGCCAAGGUGAUCGCCCAAGUAGCAUUCCAGGCAGUGGGGAUGCGACCGAGAGAGCGGUAUAUGAUCAGGGACAAGAACUAUGAGGCCGGAUCCGUGCUGAAGCCGUUACAGGAUGGAGCACAGACGGGGGCACUAUUGGCCCAGAUGCUCCAACGAUUGGAAGUCACUUUCCGGCGUCGUCGCCAGCUAUUUCAACGUCUCGUCCUCGUCUGCGGCGUAUCCCUCCUUCUGAUCAUCUUCCUCUUCCCAUCAUGGCGCGCCGCGCUCCUCCCAACCCUCUCCCUGGGCCUCUUCCACCCAUCCGUCGACCUCCAACUCCAAACAGUUCGCUACUAUGAUCUGUCCGAUGUCCAGGGCACAGCGAAGGGCUGGGAACGCGGAGAGCGUGUCCUCAUGCUCACCCCGCUGCGCGACGCCUCCUCUCACCUCCCUAUGUUCUUCUCCCAUCUCCGAAACCUCACAUACCCGCACAACCUCAUUGACCUGGCCUUCCUGGUAUCUGAUUCGCGGGACGACACGCUGAGCAUGCUCUCGCGUAUGCUGAUGGAGGUGCAGAACGAUCCGGAUCCUAAAAUGAGCUUUGGCGAGGUCUCCGUCAUCCAGAAGGAUUUCGGGCAGAAGGUCCAGCAGGACGUGGAGAGCCGUCAUGGUUUCCAGGCACAGGCUAGCCGCCGGAAGCUGAUGGCGCAGGCGAGAAAUUGGCUGCUGAGUGCGACGCUGCGGCCGACGCAUAGCUGGGUUUACUGGAGAGAUGCGGAUGUGCAGACGGCGCCCACGACAAUUAUUGAAGAUUUAAUGGCACACGAUAAAGAUGUUACGGUUCCAAAUGUCUGGCGUCCGCUUCCGGACUGGCUGGGAGGAGAACAGCCUUACGAUCUGAACUCGUGGCAGGAGUCCGAUAGCGCGCUGGAGCUCGCAGAUACCCUAGAUGAAGACGCUGUGAUCGUGGAAGGGUACGCCGAGUAUGCAACGUGGCGCCCUCAUCUCGCAUAUCUGCGCGACCCCUACGGCGAUCCGGACAUGGAGAUGGAGCUGGAUGGCAUUGGCGGUGUCAGUAUUCUGGCAAAGGCCAAGGUCUUCCGCUCCGGCGUUCAUUUCCCGGCCUUCAGCUUUGAGAAACAUGCUGAAACAGAGGGCUUCGGCAAGAUGGCCAAGCGUAUGAAGUAUUCCGUGAUUGGACUUCCCCACUACGUUAUCUGGCAUUUAUACGAGCCUAGCGUGGAUGAUCUACGCCAUAUGGAAGAGAUGGAGCUGGAAAAGCAGGCUCACGAGCGUGAAGAGAAGGAGCAGAAACUGGCCGCGCAGAAAGAGAAAAACCAAUCACCACCCCAGAAGGUGGUCGAUAGCGAGUCCUCGAAAGGGUCAGACGAGGGGCCCUUUGCUCAGCCCGUGAAAAACCCCGCGAAGGGUUUCUCCAAUGAGGACUAA